AGAACUUGCGCGUGGAGUCAAGUCCAAGACCUCCAUUGGAACAAUGAACGGUUUUUCGGAACAGGCCGUGCGAUCAUCUUUCCACGCACCCGAACCCCAACGAUCCGAGAUCCUCAAGAAAGCAUUCGCGAGACUGGUCAAUCCACGCGAGGACCUCGGCUUCAUCUAUAACUAUACUACCGCGAUCAAGCAUGAACUAAAGGGAAACAGUGCUCGCUUCAGCCCCUUUGCCAACGCAUGCAUCAAAGCUGGCCUCGUGAGCACAAUGAUCGCGAUUGCACGACAAGAGUACCCUGGUCCCCACGAACCGCAAGAGAGAUACAAAUCUCAACACAACGCGCUGUGGGCUCUCUGCGCCUUAAUGCGCACGGGAAAUCUGUCUGAACGUCGGAGUCUGCUGGACGCGAUGUUGCAAGAGGGAGUCAUUGACGUUUGCCUUAAACUGUUAGGACACCAUCUCUGUCUAAUGCGUCAGGUGUCUAUCAACACUUUUCGUCUGCUUGCUGGAGAAUCUUUUUUAGGGGAGAGGGUGUCCCCAUCUACGGCUGCCGACAUCAUUGAAGGUGUUUGCUCGUACAGUCUCACCGGACCGGAUCACGCUAUUGCUCAGAUGCGUGACUCGUCAACGAUUUGGCAGAGCCAAAUGUUCAUGGAUUCACCUUUUGUUCCUCCAGACUUCUCUCUCAAAUACGCGCCAAGAUUCUAUGCCGUGACCCAGGAGAGCGCUCUCUGGACCGCACACGGUCUCCUGUGUACAUCAUCGCCUCAAUCGCGAAGCUUCUGUCUGGAUAUUCUCAAGAAGAAACCCCAUGUCCUCGAUCUUCUGUUCGAUUGCGCGAUCCUUAGCAGGGAGGCUUGGUACCCAGAGACCCAGACAGACUCGGUAGCCUGUGAGGUACUGACACUUAUUUUCCAGUGGCCGAUGCACAUAAUUCCUGGAUUCGCCAAUCCGUCGGACAAGGCGUUCAAGACACAAGAGUGGAAGGCCAUGUCACAAGCGAUGACCAUCUUCACGUCACGCCAAGGCUGGGUUGACAGGCUCAUUGAGGUAUGGAUGCACAUCCAGGAAGAGGACGUAUUGAAGGUUCAGAGGUUUUUUUCUACAGUAGAACGUGAUUAUGGUGCGAGCGUCCCCCCAGACGAACAAGCCUUCGCUAGGUUAUUUGAAUACCGUGGCAUUUCCCUCAUAUCCACCCUACGAUUGAUCGUCACCCUCACCCACGCAGCGGACAUCUGCGGCAUCACCAACGUUCAGAUCGAGUCUCUCUUACACAUCGCGUAUCUCGGCUGCCGCAAGGUCGACACCUCGAAGGACACAGACGAUCCCAUGAACGCGAUGGAACACGCGCACGAAAUCUUCCGUUCCCCUAUAUGGACGCACUUCACGAACUCCACUGCCGAGUAUCCUGCCCCCGUCGCAACCGAGGCCGUCCUGGGACCCCUCGCGCUCGUGCGUAUGUACGCCGUGCUCGCGCAGCGCAAAGCGCUCGACGGCAUCCAAGCGCUCAAGAAAGCGCCGAUCGGGCUGGCCUCAUCGACAUCGCUCAGGCAGGUCCAGCAGAUCACGCAUCCGGCCGUCGUUCGCCGCGUCGUCAAGAUAUCCCAGGAUCGCGUACGCGUACGAUUGGAAGAAGGUCGCAAGCGGCUCAAGAACAGGAGGGACAACGGCGACGACAUCAACCACGCGUGCGCCGUGUUCAUGAGCGCUGCAGAGCUGGCUGCUGCGUUGAUUUCUCUGGACACGCAUACGGAGGGAGUGUACGCAGCUGACAUACGCGGCGCUCGGAAGCAGCUCGUAAUUGCUCUGGGGAAUGCGUCACAGAUGGCGCUAAAUCUCAAGCAGUAUCAACGGGCAUUUCACCUUGCCUCGAGCGCCGUCAGUGCUACGGAAAACAUCCCAGACGAGGAAGGUCUAGAUCCGGAAGUUAAAGCAAAGAAUACACGGCGCGUUGAGCUCGCAAAUGAUGGACUUCAACUUGUGUAACUUCUUUUUCACAAGUUCUACUCUGCUAUCCUUGAUUUCUCUGUAUUAUUCAAAGUAAUUGAACAGGUCAAUAUAAUGACACGAUAGAGAUGUCACUAUAAAUGGUUAUUCACAUGUCGAGGACAG